AUGUUAAAUAUCAUGAAGAGUCUUCAUCAUCCACUUCUCAUCAAUAAUUCACAACAACAAUUGGGUGGUUUGAUGAUGAUGACCACAAAGAUGAUGAUGAUGAAUUUUCACACUCAUCAAUUUCACUCACAAAAUAUUGUGCAAAAGGAUUCACAAGUGGCCACGAGAGAGAUCUUUGAUUCUGGAUUGAAGGGAGGAAUUACCGAACGUCAAAUUGCAUUGGAUUUCUAUGAUCAGUUGGAACCUGUGUCCACGGACUUUAUGAUCGGAAGAUGGAAAGGAAGUGAAUUCAGAACUAAUCAUCCUAUGGAUAACAUGUUGGAUAUUUCUGGGUGGUAUGGCAAGAUGUUUCAAGAUACAGAAAAUGUCCAUCCAUUACUGUUUUAUGAAUCGAAUAGCAGAGAUUUGUUUGCAGUUAAUCCUGAUCGAGUAGUUGCUGGAAUGACACUAACCAAUGUUCCUAGAACUCCAUUUGUUAAAAAGAUCAUGUUAUGGUUGAAACCUUUCAUUUCCAUAAGAAAAUCCAAAGCCAGAUUGAGAAUGACUGAAUUUAGAGGAAAGGUCAGUGCAACCAUGGUGUAUGAUACUCAACCAAUUAAUGAUGUUUUUAGAAAGGUGGAUGAGAAUACAGUUUUGGGAGUGAUGGAUUUGAAAGGAAUGAAGGAACCUUACUUUUUCGUAUUGCAAAGGGAUGAUCAUAAUGUUGUAAAAGUAGAUGUUGAAUAA